AGUUGGAGCUCCUUGUUGCAGCAGGGGACUCUUUAUACGGGAUACCGCUGUCAUCUUCCCGUUGUUAUGGAAACGGACCCGGAAGUGUCGUUUCCAGUGACUUUUCAAGUCAAUACCUUAUAAUUAUUAUCAUCAUUAUUAUUAUUCUCUCAAUAAAGCGUCCACUUGUGUACACAGAAUGAACCCGGAUCGUUUCGUCUUAUCAAUCGACGAAUAUUUGGCGGAGAAGGACGUGCUUUUCUACCUGGAGGACGCCGUUCAUCAGCUCCUGGAGCACAAGGACGAGUACGUCCAGUUUGGGGUUCCCCGCUACUUCGCCGAGUAUUUUGAGAGCGUGCGCCGCGGGAACCACAUCCUUUUUAGAGAGUUCAGCUACGUCAAGGCCACGGCGCACAACCGCAGGUCCUUCACGCGCCUCUUCUGGAAGUGUUUCCGGCAGAUUGGGAAGAAUGGAGAUCUUUUAGCUGCAGUGGAGUACAGCUCUCUGCUGCAGCUGCUUUGCCCGGACUUUCCCGCAGAUGUGGCGCAUGGUGCCGCAAGAAUUGUGCUUGUGGAUGACGCCAUGGACUGUCUCAUGUCCUUCGCUGACUUCCUCUACGCCUUUCAGAUUCAGUUCUAUUAUGAAGAGUUUAUCGAGAACGUUGCAGCGAUCUAUCAGGACCUGCUUUCUGGGAAGAGUCCGAACACAGUGAUCGUCCCGACGUCCACCUCGGUGGAGCAGCUCCCCCAGCAUUCCACCGGUGACGGUGAGCUGCAGGAGGGGGUCGAGACAUCGGCGUUUGGCGACUGCGUGGAGGCGCUCUGCGAGAGAUACAGGCACAACCACCCCCCCGCAUCUGCCGUUAAAGAGAUCCUGGGACAGGUGGAGAGAGUGUCCCUCUACAGCUUUCUCACGGCCCUGGCGAGACAUGAGGGGGUCAACGAGGACAUCGGUUCUUUGCCAAGCAAAGCAGCCGUGCUGAUAGAUCCCGAAAUGGACCGGGAGCUGGAGAGACUUGUUGCUCAGGUUUCCUUGAGUCCCACGUCCAGCGGUGGCAACGCCGCCCACAGGGAGCCCGCAAAGAAGGCGUCGCCCCGCAAGUCGCUGCACCACCGCAAGAGGAUCGAGAUGGAGAGCGACGGCUCUAAUGAGGAGACGGACUCCUCGGAGAACUAGGACUCCAACAGAGACACCGUCCUCUAAAAUUUGAGCGCAAAGCUUCUUCCUGGAUGUUUUCUAUCUCUGAUGUGGAAUGCGAUCAGAGCUUAAUAUCCACUCCAGAUUUGUUCUUUGGGUUUUAUGAAAAGUGGACUGUUGACUCUCUACCGGCAGAUAUUCAGAGUUUAAAUCAACUUCCUUUUUUUGUUAGUUUCAGGUUGAAGUCUUGGUGUUGUGCAGGUGAAACAUGAGUUUGAAAUUCCUCUUGUGCAGAGUGCAGUAGGUUCAGCUGAGCCCAGCUAGUGCAUAUUUAUUUUUUAUGCGGUUGUUACAGCCUGUGGUCAAUAUUGUAUUGCAGUGCAGGGAGAGGGAGUUGGGAAAAGCUCUGAACAAGCAGUGUGGACUAGGGGAGUCUGGUCUUCCAGGCUCAUUCCACAAGCUCUGCCAUGCCUCGUCCUGCAUGGACAACAACCCUACCAACCUGUUGUAGGAGCAGAGCACUACUACUGCUAGUGCCCCUAACAGAACACUGACAGUCAUCAUUAAAUAUGAUUUCCAUAUGUUCCAGUCAUUUCGAGCAGUAACAGAUCCCACAUAUUUACACUGUAUGACUUAUAAACGUGAAGUUCGUACUUAUUCGUAUCUUUAAGCAGCUUUUCAUCUUUAAAACCAUUCGGUUGCACAGCAUUUGGGACCUUUGGACCCCUGUAGUACUGCUGAGGGCCACCAGGUGUCACUCUGAGCCCCAUUGCUUACCAGUUCCUGAUUGGUUGAUUAUUUGACUGAUUGAUUAUUUAUACCAGCUACUGCCCUUGUGAGCCUUAAUUUCCAAAAUGACAUUUUAUGCGCAGACAACUGUGACAAGGCAAUGACAGGAAACAGUAGGCGGGGAAGAUGUGGUAAAAGACAGUUAAAUACUGCAGAAGCAAGCAAAGCACAUGAGGACGGAAAAAUGAAGAAUGGUCUGCAGCUGGCAAUUUUAUUGAAAUUAAAAUCACGAGAAGUGACGCCGUCGACCAAAAUGAUCUGUUCAUAAGAGCAGAAUUGUAAAUAAGAUCAUGUUCGUUGGCGAUCAUGGUCAGCACGGAGCGUCACUUUCCACUUGAAGGUUGCCCCUUUGAAUCUCACCUCCUGCUCUUGUACACUUGGUCAAGGUAAUUGCCCUGCAAUGAUGCGGUAAAAAUUACCCUGCUUUGUAAAUGGGUAAGCCAGUGGAACUCGCUUAGUGUACAAAUCUAACAUUGUGAGUAGCUUCGGAAAAAUAUUUGAAAUUAAUAAUGAUGAAAUCAUUUGGGGUCACGCAGGGUCAGUAGUAGGGUUGGUUAGAAGCGAUAUUCCAGCUGCUAGGGAUUGAAUCCAGCUGCUUUCCAAUGUAUUUUCCGUUGUUUCCUUCAUUUUUGUGUCGUCGUAUUUAGUGUACAAUGUGAUCCAUAUAAACAAAGUGAGCUGUAAACAAUA